AUGGCAUCUUCAUCGGAGCAAUUCUCAACAUCAAUAAUAUUCAACGAUCAACAGCGUGAUCUCAUUCACCAUGUUGCAUUCGAUUUUCAUGGACGACGGAUUGCUACAUCUUCCAGUGAUAUGAUGGUGUGUGUAUGGAAUUUGUCACCAAAUGGUAGCUGGGUCAAAUCAGCUUCAUGGAAGGGUCAUGGUGGACCUGUUUGGAAAGUAAUUUGGGCUCAUCCUGAAUUUGGACAAAUUUUGGCUACGUGUUCGUUUGAUCGAAGUGUAACGAUAUGGGAGGAAAUGGUGCGUCAACCGAUUAAGACAAUAACGAGAAAUGGUCUACAGAGUGGCCAGAAGCAAGACGAAGCACGUUGGAGACGUUGUUGUCAACUUGUUGACAGUCGUCAUAACGUUACUGAUAUCAAGUUUGCUCCGAGGCAUCUUGGAUUAAUGCUUGCAACUGUGUCUUCCCAGGGAAUAUUACGAGUAUAUGAAGCUCCAGACAUUAUGAAUUUAUCGAUGUGGAGUCUGAAUCAGGAUAUCAUUGUUUUUCGAUACCGUUGUAGUUGCCUCUCGUGGAGUACACAUCGUCUUACAAAACCGCUUAUUGCUGUGGGAUCGGAUGAUGCACAUACAACUGGGAAACGAGUGGUUGUAUAUGAGUAUCAUGACAAUCUUCGAAAGUGGCGACUGUUGAAUACUCCAACCUUAAAAGUAACUGAGCCGGUGACAGAUAUUGCUUUUGCACCACCUGCCGGACGAUCAUAUCAUUUGCUCGCUGUUGGCUCUAAAGACAUUUGCAUCUUCAAGUUGAUUGAGAUCGGAAAAACAACAGGCUUUAAUACUGAUUCGAUUGAACGAGGUGGACUAACUGAAUAUGACAUAACACAGUUGGAAGUACUUGAAAAUCCGUCCCAUUCACCUGUUCAGGUUUGGCGCUUGUCAUGGAACAUAACUGGGACAAUCUUAACGACUGGAAACUCAGACGGAUACAUACGGCUAUGGAAAGAAAAUUUAUUGAAAAAAUGGAGUCUUGUCGCAACAGUUAAAUCGGCAGAGGACUAUAAACCAUCUGAUGAUGAUCCGAAAGCUACAACAUCAAUAAGUUCACUUACCAGAGAAAAUCAUAAUGAACAAAGUCGUGCAGAAAUUGAGGAAUUGUGGAAGAAGAAAGAUGUUGGAGAGUUGAAAUCAAGAAUGUGUGGUAAGCUGUCAUUUGGCACAGCUGGUGUGCGAACAAAAAUGGAAGCUGGUUUCUGUCGGUUAAAUGAUUUUACAAUACUGAUGCUAACCAAUGGUUUUGCCAUACAUUUAAAACAUGUGUAUAAUCGUCAAAGCAAUGGUGUCGUCAUUGGUUAUGAUAGUCGUUAUAACAGCGAACGAUGGGCUAAAUUAGCUGCGAAUGUAUUUGUUCAUAAUGGAAUCAAAGUGUAUCUCUUCUCAAAAUGUUGCCCAACACCUCUUGUGUCUUACGCAACAAUGCGAUUCAAAUGUGAUGCUGGUUUGAUGAUAACAGCUUCUCAUAAUCCAAAACACGAUAAUGGUUACAAAGCUUAUUGGACAAAUGGAGCGCAGAUAUUGGCACCUCAUGAUUCGGAAAUAUGUCGACUUGCUUAUGAAAAUAUGGAACUAAAAUCGGAAUAUUGGAAUAUAUCAAAACUUUCAGUAAAUUCACUGCUACAUUCAGCUGAUCCCAUAAUAGAAAAAUACUUCACCGAAGAAUUGUUUCUGUGUCGUUAUAAGUCUCUGAACGAAAAAUGUCCAGUGAAAUUCACUUAUACCGCAUUUCAUGGUGUUGGAUUACCAUAUAUGACAAGAAUGUUGAAAGAUUUCGGAUUUCCAUUUGAAAACAUAAUUAUUGUGCAGGAGCAUGCGGAACCAAAUCCCGAUUUUCCAACACUGCCAUUUCCAAAUCCAGAAGAAGGUCAGAAAGUGUUCGCAAUACCUAUAGCAACAGCUAAUAAACACAACUCUAGCAUAAUUCUAGCCAACGACCCGGAUGCUGAUCGUUUCCAGUUAGCGGAAAAACAACCCGAAGGUGAAUGGAAGAUUUUCACGGGGAAUGAAAUGGGUGCUCUGAUGUCAUGGUGGAUUUGGCAUUGCUGGAGGGAGCAAAAUCCGAAAAAAGAUCCAUCAAAUUUGUACAUCAUCAGUAGUGUUGUUUCAUCUUCAAUAAGUCGCACUAUUGCUACCAAAGAAGGUUUCAAAAGUGAGUUAGGCUUAACUGGAUUCAAAUGGCUGGGAAAUAAAUCGGAUGAGCUUCGCCGUCUCGGGAAAACUGUGUUAUUCGCAUGGGAAGAAUCAAUUGGUUUUAUGCUAGGACAUACUCUUGAUAAAGAUGGUAUUACUGCAGCGGCAGCAUUCGCUGAAUUGACAUCUUAUUUAUAUUCCAAGCAAUUAACUCUUGCUCAACAACUUAUCAACAUUUAUAGCGAGUAUGGUUUCCAUCUAAUUAGUAGCUCGUAUUGGUUUGUACCCAAUCAAACAACAAUGAAGAAUAUUUUUACAAAAAUGCGUAAGGAUAGUAAGUACCCGCAAAAAAUCGGGAAAUUCAACAUUAAAUAUGUGCGCGAUCUGACGAUUGGAUAUGAUAAUGAACAACCUGGAAAUAAACCGAUUCUACCAGUCAGUACUUCAUCCGAAAUGAUUACAUUCACAUUAUCGGACGGUAGUUGGACAACAAUACGGGCAAGUGGAACUGAACCAAAAAUCAAAUAUUACAUUGAAUUCAAAUCGUCGCCAGGCAAAACGAAAGACCUAGCUGAUGUACAGAAACAACUUGCCGAACUAGAGCAAGCGGUAAUCGACAAUUUCUUGGAGCCGAAAAUUAAUGGUCUCAUUGCAAGAUGCUGA